AGGAAUUUAUUUUUAACUUUUCGAUGCAUGGACUUCUGCGUUGCAGGGAAGCGCAGGCGGGCGGGAGUAGAUGCUUGAAAAAUGAGGCGGGCGGGUGCAAAAGGGCUGGCUCUCCUGGAUGUUGUGCGGGCAGCAGUGCGCGCAAGACUUGAUAGCGUCCACUGAGUCUGCCAGAUUCCGUGCGGGCGGGCGCAGAAGGAACCGGCGCCUCUGAUUGGAUUCUGUGCGGGCGGGCGCAGCAGGACUCUGCUAGAGGCUGGCUGUAGGAUACGGUACGGGCGGGCUCGCAAGGGGCGGAGCUGGCUGCGGAGUGGUGCGGGCGGGCACAUCUCAGAACUUUUGUUUAGUGUGUUGUGUGAGUUAGUUUCCGCCGCCGGGACAGAGGCGCCGGCCGGGCUGGGCCGGGCUCGGGGAAGUUGCUGCUCGGUGGGGCUUGUUUUGCCAGUUGCUGCCGCCGGUUGUGUUUUCCGGCUGUGGGGGGCUGAGCAGCAGCAGCGGGGGAGCCCCAGCCUAGGCAGCGGGGCAUGUGGGGUGGGGAGCCCGGGCUCUGAGUCGCCGAGCCCCGAUACGGACGCGGAGCCAUGGAUCCCGGGCAGCCUCAGCAGCAAGCGCAGCCCCCGGCGCAGCAACAGGCGCCGCCGCCGGGCGCCCCGUCCGGCGCGGGGCAGACCCCGGGCGCGGGGCCUCCUCCGGCCGGGCACCAGAUCGUGCAUGUGCGGGGCGACUCGGAGACCGACCUGGAGGCGCUUUUCAACGCGGUGAUGAACCCCAAGGGCGCCAAUGUGCCGCACACGCUGCCCAUGCGGCUCCGCAAGCUGCCCGACUCCUUCUUCAAGCCGCCCGAGCCCAAGGCCCACUCCCGCCAGGCCAGCACUGAUGGAGGGUCAGCAGGAGCCUUGACUCCUCAACAUGUCCGAGCUCAUUCCUCUCCAGCUUCGCUGCAGUUAGGAGCUAUCUCUCCAGGGACGCUUACCCCCUCUGGAGUAGUGACUGGUCCUGGAGCUGCACCUUCUUCUCAACAUCUCCGCCAGUCUUCAUUUGAGAUUCCUGAUGAUGUACCUCUGCCACCAGGUUGGGAGAUGGCUAAGACGCCAUCUGGCCAGAGAUAUUUUCUGAAUCACAUUGAUCAAACAACAACAUGGCAGGACCCUAGGAAGGCGAUACUUUCACAGAUGAAUGUUACAGCCCCCACCAGUCCUCCAGUGCAACAGAACAUAAUGAAUUCAGCAUCAGGCCCACUCCCCGAUGGAUGGGAACAAGCCAUGACCCAGGAUGGAGAAAUUUACUACAUAAACCAUAAGAACAAGACCACAUCUUGGCUAGACCCAAGGCUUGACCCACGCUUUGCUAUGAAUCAGCGAAUCAGCCAAAGUGCUCCAGUGAAACAGCCACCACCACUGGCUCCUCAGAGUCCUCAAGGUGGAGUGAUGGGCGGGGGCAGCUCCAAUCAGCAGCAACAGAUGAGACUGCAACAGCUGCAGAUGGAGAAAGAGAGACUGCGACUGAAGCAUCAAGAACUGCUUCGGCAGGUGAGGCCACAGGCAUUGCGGAAUAUCAAUCCCAGCACAGCAAAUUCUCCAAAACGUCAGGAGUUAGCUCUCCGUAGCCAACUUCCCACUAUGGAACAAGAUGGUGGCUCUCAAAAUCCAGUGUCGUCUCCCGGAAUGGCUCAGGACCUGAGAACAAUGACUACAAAUAGUUCUGAUCCCUUUCUUAACAGUGGGACAUAUCACUCCAGAGAUGAGAGCACAGACAGUGGCCUCAGCAUGAGCAGUUAUAGUGUACCCAGAACCCCUGAUGACUUCCUGAACAGCGUUGAUGAAAUGGAUACAGGUGAUAUCAGCCAAAGUAACAUACCUUCCCAUCAGAACCGUUUCCCAGAUUACCUUGAAGCCAUUCCAGGGACAAACGUGGACCUUGGGACACUGGAAGGAGAUGGGAUGAAUAUAGAAGGAGAGGAACUGAUGCCAAGUCUGCAGGAGGCUUUGAGUUCUGACAUCCUUAAUGACAUGGAAUCUGUGUUGGCAGCCACCAAACUAGAUAAAGAGAGUUUUCUUACUUGGUUAUAGAGGCCUCAGGGAGACUGCAUUGUAAAUCUGUGAAGGAUCUAAGGAGAUAAGACAUCUGUGCCUGAAGUUCAAAACAAGCCAAUGUGGCAUACUUUUGGUUUGUGGUCAGAAAAAAUAAAUGAACAAAUAUUCAACAAGAUUCUUUCAUCCAACAUUUUGCUAUUCCUUGUCCAUCGCUGCUGUUCUAGAUUGCUGACCUCUCUCACAGUUGACUCUGAAGAAUAGACAUCUUUGUGAUCUUUUUCUAUUGCUGUUUCAACUACUGUUCAAUUGGGAGCAGGGGGAUGAUGAGCCUGUUUGGAUGACAAAUGCCAUUCCUUUUGUACUAAUAUGCGCUUGCAUAUCAUUUUAUCUAAGGACUCAGAUUUGUGAGUUAACAUCUGCAUGUCACCACUUGUAGUUUGCUCAGCUAGUUGUUUCCUCUGCUGCCUGUGGCAAGUGGUAAAACACAACUUACCGGUCUGAAAAGCCCCAAAAAGAUGUACCUGGUCAAAAGAAGUCAAUAGUGAUUUACAGAUCUAGCUCAAAGGAGGGCUGAAGACUGUAUGACAUUAAGUGUUUGUUACUGCUAGCUCUUUUGUUAGGCAACAGACUGUUGUUCUUAUUUUAUGGUAUAGAAAAUCAUGAGUCAUUUUAUAUAGAAACUUAUAUCAACUUUGAUUUUUAUCACGUACUCUAGGCUAACUUUUGUCAGUCAAAAAUGAGAGGAAUUUUUGUUUUGUUUUUUGUUUUGUUAGUGAAUUUAAUUAUAGAUGUAGCUUGGGAAGUAAUUGUAGGUGUUCUUUUUUUAAUAGUGAAAUCUAAAUUUUCUGAUUUCACUGUCUUAUUUAAGUCUCAAGUGUCUGCUUUUUUUAUAUAUCUAAAAUGUCUAUUUUAGCUAAAUAGCUAGCGAGUACAUAUGGUUUUAUGUUUUGCCUGUAACUUUUAUUUUUAAAGGCUAGCUUUGAAUGUAAUCAUUAGAAUAAAUGACCAGUGGCUUAUUUUUCAUGUCUACUUGCUAGAAUUUGAAACUAGAAUCUGGUUGCAGCAUUUUGAGAAUGAAGUGUCCUAUAUAAGCUUUUAUCAGGCCUUUUAAAGUAGCGGGAAACCAUACACUACAUGUUUCAGAGUAACAGCCGUGUUAGUCUGUAUCCGCAAAAAGAAGAACAGGAGUACUUGUGGCACCUUAGAGACUAACAAAUUUAUUAGAGCAUAAGCUUUCGUGGACUACAGCCCACUUCUUCGGAUGCAUAUAGAACAUACACUACAUGUUUUAAUUGACUGUUACAAGUAAUUUCUUGGGGUUAGGUUUUAAUUUUGAUUAAAUCAGUGAGUUUAGAUUGUGAAGUCCAUGAUGGGAGACAACUUAAUGAAAAGUCUUCCCUUAAUUAGCAUGGAAAAAUCAUCUAAAUUGUCAUCUCACUUUCUACUGUAAUGAAAACACUAAAAAAAACUGACUGUCCUAAACAAAAUAAGUAUUAAUUCUGUGUGGUGAAAAAUAAGCCCUGGACACUAUGUGUAGAAGACUGUAAAGAUAUGUGUUAGAUGGUGACAUGAGCAGGUAAUGAAGUGUAUAUUAGUAGAGUUUAGUGCAGGGGUAGAGAGGAAUAUGACUUACCUAUAUUUUAACAGGGAAAGAUGUAACACUAAAACAUCUGCAGGAGUUGACACAGUUUCCAAAGAGUAUUUUUAAAUGAACAAAAUGAGCAUGAAUCAAACUUUCAGUAUAAGCUAUGAAGUAAUUUUUUGAUGAUAAAUAGUGGCACCAGCUAGCACCUCUGUAAUUAAGGGUUUGAGGGUCUGUCAGCAUUCACAUUAUAAGUCCUUAUUUUCAAGGGUUUAUAACUGGACCAUAAAAAGACUUUAGGUAUGAAACUUGGUAUGAAAAGUCUCAGCCUGAAAGGAAUUUUUUUAAAGAAAUUGUUUUAAAGGGCUUGACCAUUUUUUAAGAUACAGGAGUAAAUUAAAAAAACCCAAGAGUUGUCUUUCAGUUCUUUGGUGCUCCAAAAACUUUAAAUGGCUGUAUUUUAUAAUAAUUUGUAGACUAUUAACCUAGAAGGACUCUUUGGUUCUGGAGUUUUAAAAUUUGCUUUAAAAAUUAAAGCAACAGAAAUUGAGAUGUGAAAAAUUGCCACUAAGUAAGCACAUUUGCUAUUUCUUAUGAGGAUUUUAGCACUCAGAACUUACAAAAGCAUAUGUGGAUCGUUAGUGUAUGGUUUUUAAAAUGUUGAUUCCCACUGAGGCAUCUUAACAGCAGUUACAUUCUACUACACCAGUAGUCCACAGACUAGUAGGCCACUUAUAUGCGCAAUGACAGAAACAGCCCUUGAAACAGUAAAUUGUGUCCAUAACAGGGAUUAUAGGAGCAUCUCACACUCCAUUAAGAGUUCUUCCCUCUUUCCUUCCACCACUUAAAAAAAUAUAUUUUAAAAGACACUACAUUGUUUAAAAUAACUUGAAUGGUCUGACAUAAAACCACAAAAGCAAGGAAAUUCAAAGUUUUGAUGAGCGUAGGUCAAGUUUUUUUUUUUCCCUUGCUUUUGUGUGUUUCUCAUAGCUUUAAUGUUGGAAUGUUUUCUUAUUGUAAAAACUCUAAAUAGCUUAUAGUAUAUUUGGGUAGCACUGCUGGGGUAGGUACUGACAAACUGGGAAUUCUUGAAUUGCUCUGACAGUAAACCUGUUUUGUGAUUCUUUAAUCAACUUUAAGACAUUUCCGUUCUCUUCCAUUUAUUAGGGAAUGUACUUUAGAGAUGCUGUACUGUUGGCAAUUGAAAUUGAUUUGGAUUUUAUUCUGCAAAAGCAGAAGUGAUGAAGUGGUUAAAAUCUGUUUGACAUACAAGAGUGUUUGGGGUAGUAUUUUAUACUGAUUGAUGUAUAUAUUUAAACAACAAAAAUCAUUGUCCUAAUGUGAUAGUUUCUAGAUUUAAGUAUACUGUGCUCAGAAUACAGAGGAAGCAUAUAAACUCUACUGUGCUUUAGCAGUACCUUGGCAGACACAUGCUUUGGAAUAGGCUACAGUGUCAGUAAAUCACAUGGAUCAAAAAUUGUACCAAUCAGUGUUGGAACUGAAGCAAUGCAAAAGAAGAAGAGACAAUUUCAACAUGAUUAACACUUUACAUAGCUUUUGCACAUCUGGUGAAUUAGUACUAAAGUGACUUUUCACUUGCAAGCAUGGUUUUUAUACAAAUAGCCGGUGUGCCUGUCUAAAAUAAUUACUUGUUUUUCUGUAUCUUGAAAAAGUACUCUCCACAUUUUAAAUGUUCUAUAUUAGAGAACUCUUGAAUGCACCCUUGUCAAAAAUAUAUAUAUAGUUAUCAAUGUUACUUUUUAGAUGUAAGAGCAUGCCUGCUAGGUACCUAAGUAAAUUCUGUUACAUUAUUUUUCUUUAUGUAAUACUUUUUCAGUUGUUUUAUGUGAUAUAAAUAUAUACUUUGUGCUUAAAA